UGCGCAAAUUGGCUUAAUUAACUUUUUUAUUUUUAUUUUUUAUUUUUACUUUGUGGCGCUGAAAACCAAGGAAGAAAACAGCGAAAAUGGGGAAAUUAACGUACGCAUCGUAUAAAAGAUAUGUGGAGGUGAACUCAAAGACUUAGUCGGAUGUUUAUUGUGCGUUUGGAAUGUUGCCUUCACGCGCAGGAAAUGUUUUGAGUAACAAGAUGUUGUGCCUCGCUUUGCUUGCGUUGCUCUGGACCACAGCGCUAACGCAAACGGUACAUGAGCCUAUGACCGAGCAUAUUUACUUCUAUCCGCGCCCAGGUGAUGGUACACCUCCGCACGUUUACGUCAAACCAACGGAUCUUAUAACGCGGCAUCGCUUGCAACUCAUAACUGAUUGGCCAUAUCCGGGCGUCAUGAAUGGACACGUCCACAAGCCCAUCGAUUUGGUCGCCACCGCUGAAGUCAGCUCACAACCUAUUUACUUUCGCAAGCGCGAGAAUCUCUCCGAUGUAAAACUCAAACAGAAACAAAAUAUUUUAUAUCUCGCAUUGCCGAUAAUGCCGCAAAAUCAGUCCAACCUCAGUGUAUCCGAGAAUAAAGUUUUAGAAUAA